UAUAUACUAAUUAAAUAUAUUUUUAUUUUUAAUAAUCUAAUACUAAGUAACAGUAACUUCUACUGUAAUCUAAGCUUAUUUAGUAAUACUACUAGGACUAAGGUUGCAGAGGUUACGGCUGGUAAUACUAUUAUAAUAAAACCUUUUUAUAAUAGUAAUAUUAUAUAUCCCAGCCUGGGCUAA